AUGACGGCAGAGAGCCGGCCGCCGCCGCCGCAGACGGAGGCGCUGGCGGCCGUGAAGGAGGAGCGCGGUGAGCCUGGGACCGGGGUCCCGGCGGAGGCGGCGGGUCGCGGCGCGGGCGGGCGUCGGCGGAAGCGCCCCCUGCAGCGCGGAAAGCCGCCCUACAGCUACAUCGCGCUCAUUGCCAUGGCCAUCGCGCACGCGCCGGAGCGUCGCCUCACGCUGGGCGGCAUCUACAAGUUCAUCACCGAGCGUUUCCCCUUCUACCGCGACAACCCCAAAAAGUGGCAGAACAGCAUCCGCCACAACCUGACGCUCAACGACUGUUUCCUCAAGAUCCCGCGCGAGGCCGGCCGUCCAGGCAAGGGCAACUACUGGGCGCUCGACCCCAACGCCGAGGACAUGUUCGAGAGCGGCAGCUUCCUGCGCCGCCGCAAGCGUUUCAAGCGCUCGGACCUCUCCACUUACCCAGCCUACAUGCACGACGCGGCCGCCGCCGCCGCCGCAGCCGCCGCCGCCGCUGCCGCCGCCAUAUUCCCGGGCGCGGUGCCCGCUGCCCGCGCGCCUUACCCGGGCGCCGUCUACGCAGGCUAUGCCCCGCCGUCGCUCGGCGCGCCGCCCCCAGUCUAUUACCCCGCUGCGUCGCCAGGUCCGUGCCGCGUCUUCGGCCUGGUGCCUGAGCGGCCGCUUAGUCCUGAACUGGGCCCCGCGCCGUCGGGGCCCGCGGGCUCCUGCGCCUUUGCCUCGGCCGGCGCUUCCGCCGCCUCCACCGGCUACCAGCCUGCGGGCUGCGCUGGGGCCCGACCUGCCAAUCCCUCCGCCUAUGCGGCCGCCUACGCGGGCCCGGAUGGCGCCUACCCGCAAGGGGCUGGCAGUGCCCUUUUCGCCGCGGCUGGCCGGUUGGCUGGGCCCGCCUCGCCCUCCGCGGGUGGCAGCGGUGGUGGCGUCGAAACCGCCGUGGACUUCUAUGGGCGCACAUCGCCCGGCCAGUUCGGAGCGCUGGCGCCCUGCUAUAAUCCUGGUGGGCAGCUCGGAGCGAGCAGUGGAGGCGCCUACCAUGCUCGCCAUGCGACUGCCUAUCCCGGCGGUGUGGAUCGAUAUGUGUCCGCCAUGUGA